AUGAAGAAUCCAUUACACAACCCACUGCCAGCCUCGCUAUCUAGCGAGUGCAAAAAAGCAGCUGCGAUCCUCGAAUCGUUCAUCAAUCCCAAGCUCAAGAUCGAUGGAGAAAUCCCUCAAAAGAUCUUUAAAGGCGCAAAGGGAAUCGCCAUCUUCACAGCGCUCCGAGCAGGAUUCCUAGGCUCAGCCCGCUUCGGCUCAGGCUUGAUAGUCGCCCGUCUCCCAGAUGGAAGCUGGUCUGCCCCAUCGGCAAUGGGAAUGGGCGGCGUCGGAGCAGGUGGCCAAUUCGGUAUGGAAUUGACGGACUUUGUCUUCGUCCUGACAACCGAUUUGGCAGUGAAGACAUUCAUGCAAGCUGGAAGUCUGACUCUGGGCGGGAAUCUCUCGGUGGCCUUUGGGCCUAUUGGUCGAAGUGCGGAAGCCGGGGGAGUGUUGGGCGCUAAGGGCGGUGCUGGGGUAUUCGCCUACUCGAAGACUCGGGGUCUGUAUGGCGGGGUGACGGUCGAAGGCGGUUUUAUUGCUGAGCGGCCUCGUGCCAAUAAGAAAUUUUAUGGGCGGAAGGUUAGGGCUGUCGAGCUGUUGACUGGGCUUGUGCCUUUGCCAACAGAGGCGGGGGUGCUUAUGGAUGUUUUGAAUGGGAAUUUCUUUGCUGUCACGGGUGCUGGUGAGGCUUCUGCGGAGGGCGUUGAGCCGGCGGAUCCUCAAACUACAGGGGUCAUCGCUGGAGGCUCUGGCGAGCAGCCACAAGGUCGUCCUGCUUCUUUGACUGAGCAGAUGCCGGCCCCGGAGCAGGUUGCAGGACAGGCGCCUCAACUUCCAGAACUGUCUCAGUUCGAGAAUCUUGGCAUGGUUCAAGAGUCGAAUGCCCAAGAGUCGAAUGCCCAAGAGUCGAAUAUCCAAGGGUCGAAUGUCCAAGAGUCUGUGGUGGAUCAAGGCUUGGAAGUCGUGCAGGACGAGAAACAAGACGUUAAAGCUACACAGUCUUCCAGCGGGACCCAUGAUCAUACUCAGGAAGAACCCGAACGUCCAGUUUCGAGUAUCCAGCCAGAACUACCCGAAGACACAAACCAAAAAGAGGCAAAGGGGAAAGAGCCAGAGAUCGUCAAACCAGACGAGAGACCAGAUGGGUCGAACAUCGAGCAUGCUCACUAA